AGAACAAGACAUAAUCAGGUUAAGUCCGAUUAGGCGUGAGAUUAUAAAGGCGAGUUGGUGAAAGUAAACACAAUCCGCGGACUGCUGUAAAGACACGUGGCCACUUCGUCCUGAUGUCCAACAGCGAGGCGGGACAGAGCAGGGAGACGAGUGAGUAGUUCAGAGAGAGAGAGAGAGGGAGUGGAAGUGCCGGAUAUCUGAAGCUGAACAGGAGGAACUCGUAUUCUCCCGCAGACACUUCUUCACGGCUCCGAUCGGACCCAAACUCCGACUGCAGCUCUUGGAAUAUUCCGUGGUUGUAUUUCUUGGAGCUCAGUAAAGCAGGAUGUUUUACUUCCACUGUCCCCCACAGCUGGAUGGGGAGUGCUGCAGAACUAAUACCUUGAACUCAAACAGCUUUGGGAAUCAUGCCUCUGGAGACUUCGAUGACGGUUUUCUCAGGAGGAAACAACGCAGAAACAGAACAACUUUCACUUUACAACAGUUAGAAGCACUGGAAGCAGUUUUUGCCCAGACUCACUAUCCGGAUGUGUUCACAAGAGAAGAACUGGCUAUGAAGAUUAAUCUGACAGAGGCCCGUGUCCAGGUGUGGUUUCAGAACCGAAGAGCAAAGUGGAGAAAAACAGAGAGAGGCAGCUCGGAUCAGGAAGGCACAAAGGAGCAAAUGAGUGAAGGAGCUCCUUCUGCUAGAAACCUCAAUCAGUCUCCUGUGGAUCAAAGCAGAAACAAAAAGGAACCUCUGGAAGCACAACAAAAUGUUAACAGAGCAGUUGGUUCUGGAGGCCCCUUUUUCCCAUCCUGUUUGCCUGGGACUCUUCUCAACACUGCGACUUAUGCCCAAGCUUUGUCCCAAGUGGCAACUUUAAAAGCAGGAAGCCCCCUGUGCUCUUGCUGCGUACCUGACCCCAUGGGCCUCUCCUUCCUACCUCCCUAUGGGUGCCAGAGUAACCGGACGGCCAGCGUGGCAGCUCUGCGCAUGAAGGCCAGGGAACACUCAGAGGCUCUGCUGCAGUCAGCCAACCUACUUGGGUCAGUACCAGGGCCGGGGGCCAGAGUUUCUGUUGGUCUCACUCAAAGCACCAAUACAGUGGGAGGGGAAGACUCCAGUCCUGCCUCUGGCUCCUCAAAGCUACCAACCCAGGGAACUACCCCUGAAAAGCAGCUGCAUUGCCCAAAGGAGAACCCAGAUAAGAAAUAAGGGAGUCAUUUUUGCCUACACAGCACGAUUUCCCCUCCCGGACAUAAGGAAUUACAGUCUCAUAAUGAAUGCCUGCUGCCCUUUUUCCUCACACGCAGUCAAACCAACAGGGCAAGGUGUUCAGUGUUAUUUACAAUUGUAUUAUAAUUUGAGUGUGGGUGCAUCAAGCUAUUUAUUCAAUUGUUGUUUAUCUCUCAUUGUUACAUUUUGACUAUUAUUAUGAAUGAGAUAUUGCCUAUAUACCUUUGGCACUGUAAAUGGUUUUAAUGGUGGAGAGACUGUUUGUGGGAUGAAUUUACCCUGGCUGCAAAUGUGAAUUCAUAUAUUUUUCCAGCCACUUUGACGUAGGACUUAUACUGCCUUGUAUACUGUGAAGUCAGGUGAUGUAAGAAACUGCAUUGUGUGAAGGACAAUUUUUUUCUAAUAUGUAAAAAAAAAAGUUAUAUAUAUAUCUAUAUAUAUAUACCAUGCACUAAUAUAAAUUACCUAAUGUGAAAUAAUAUGCAAGUGUAUAUCUAUUGUGUUUUCCCGAUCUGGUAAAAGCAAUUUUGUCUAAAUGGUCAUGGGAUGUGACACUCUUGUUGUCAUCACAUCUGCAAGGCAAUGACAGACUGUGAGUGUUCUCACUCUGGUCCUGUUUUGACAUGCUCUUUAAAACAAUUAAACAUGUAGACAUUCAUGU